GAAAUCUGUUAUCGGCUGUGAUGACGUAAGUGACCGGGAGCGGAAGCGUGGGCGGGACAAAAACAUCUACUUUUCAAAAUGGCUGCGCCCAUGAAUAACGUGGAAGAGAUUCGGAAUCGAGUAAUUCUUGGGGAAUUUGGAAUCAAGAAUGUUCAUACAACCGAUUUCCCAGGAAACUACCCCGGCUAUGAUGACAGGUGGGACCUGGAAAAGUUUCAAAAGAACUUCAGAAUUGAUGUAGUGCAUCUGGAUGAGAACACUAUGGAGUUUGACAUGGUGGGCAUAGAUGCAGCCAUUGCCAAUGCUUUCAGAAGGAUCUUACUAGCAGAGGUGCCUACCAUGGCUAUAGAGAAGGUGUUUAUCUACAACAACACGUCUAUCGUCCAGGAUGAAGUCCUGGCCCACAGAUUAGGUCUCAUACCCAUCAAAGCUGACCCCCGCCUUUUUGAGUACAGGAAUACUGGUGAGGAGACAUCAGAGGAAGAAGGAUCAGAAAUAGACACAAUUCAAAUGCAGCUUAAGAUUAAAUGCAGCAGAAACCCCAGAGCAAGCAAAGACUCCUCUGACCCAGGAGAGCUGUAUCUGAACCACAUGGUUUAUUCCAGGGACAUAAAGUGGGUUCCUAUAGGAAACCAAGCUGACGUCUUUGCAGACUCCAGCAUUGGACCUGUACAUGAAGACAUCUUGAUUGCUCAGCUACGACCAGGACAGGAGCUGGACAUUAUUAUGCACUGCGUCAAAGGAACUGGUAAGGACCAUGCCAAGUUUUCUCCAGUGGCCACAGCAAGUUAUCGCCUUCUGCCAGAGAUCACUCUCCUGGAGCUGGUGGAGGGAGAGAAGGCCGAGCGUUUAAAAUGCUGCUUCUCUCGAGGAGUCAUUGACCUGGAGGAAAUUCUUGGGAGAAAGGUUGCCAAAGUAGUGAACAGUCGCCUGGAUACGUGCAGCAGGGAAGUCCUCCGUCACGAUGACCUGAAGAAUCUGGUGAAAAUCGGAAGAGUGCGAGACCAUUUCAUUUUUACUGUGGAGUCGACAGGCAUAUUGGCUCCAGAUGUCCUGGUCACGGAGGCUGUCAAAGUCCUCAUGUGCAAGUGUCAGAGGUUUCUUAGUGAACUGGACUCUACUGGCAUGGAGUGAAAUGAUGACUUUGCGUGCUCAGCCCCACCACAGAGAAACCACAGCCCACCAAGGCUUGGACUUUGAUACGCCGCUUUAAAUUGUAUUUUUGAGGUUGAUAGACUUGCUGGUUAAUAUGUAUAUACUACUGUCUAUAGUUUUGCUACCAGUUUUGAUUUAUUGAUGAGUUCAGUUGUCAUUACAUAAAUAUGCUGAUAUAAUAUCUAAAUAUCCAGACUCACUGCACAAUUUUCUGUAUGGAUGUGUGCGUAACAUAAGCAAAGAAAAGUAAAACAUAUAAUAAAACAGAAAGGAAAGCAGUUAUUACAGGAUGAGGGGAAUGUAUAUACUCUAUGUAUUUCUCCAGUAUCACAAGUUUAUAAUCUACCAGCAUCCUGUCAGGAUUUCAUUAAAGCACAUACUAAUACUGUC